AUGUUCCAAGCUGGUGACGAGAUGAGCGACGCCAGUGGGGAUGAGGAUGAUGUGAUUCCGGCACGAGUUGGACAAGCAGUCGGCAGAACUAACGACUCUGAAGUUGAAAAUGAUGAAGGGAAUAAUUUUUUCAGAUUCCAAAGAGCUGCACCAGUUUAUCCCAAAAAUAUGAUCAACCACAAUCUCGACGGAGCGGGAUCUACGGGAAUGCGUCGAACAACCAGCUCGAUCGCGCGAAUUUCCAUGGCCAUUCGUCGAUCGCUUCGUCUUCCACGACGUUCAGAGGCACGUAUGGCACCGAGAGAAGAGCAGAUUGUAAUUGAAAGACCACCAGAAGGACCACUAUUCACCGAGAACACCAGAGACACCCGUAUUGGCGAAUCGCAUGUGCCAAACCUUCUUCAAGAAAUUAUCGAUAACAAACGUUUGAAUCGGUAUGAUAAGGUCAAAAAACUAAUACGACGAACGGAUUGGCCAGUUUGUCACGAAAUUCGUGCAAAUCUCUGGAAGGAAUUGUGUAACACAAAAGAUUGGUCAAGCAGCAAACGUCUCUAUUCUGAUGAAGCAAUCGAGUACGAUAGAAUCAACCAAGGAAAAAAACAAUCGCCACAAAUCCUAGCAGAUGAGGGUGGUGUGCUCAAUAAUUUCGAUUUGAAGGAAGUGGGUUCAGUUAAACUUAUUCGUCUUCUACUGAUCAUCGAGAGACUCCGUCCAGAAAUUGUGUACGCACCGACUAUCUAUCCCUUGUGCUCCUUACUCCUUCAUUUCAACGAUGAUGACUCCGACUGUUUCGCCUGUAUCAACUACUUGCUCAACACCAAGGGUUUCAUCAUGACAGCACCAGUUCAAUGGGCCGCUUCUAGUCAUACUAUUUUGGCACUGGUCAAAAAGCACAAAGCCGCAGCGUACGUGCUGCUGAAAAGAAGACUCGACACCACUGACGACAGUGUGCUCGUGAAAUGCAUCGAGGAUUGGCUGCUUUGGCUAUUUCAAUAUCUUCCUCUUCCAUACGUCUGUCGUAUCAUCGAUUGCUAUUUCGCUGAAGGACACAAGUUCCUAAUUCGUUCUGCUAUUUCUAUCGUUUACAUUUGGUCCAAAGUGCAUAAGAGAGGAAUGGAGGACUUCAAAGGGAAAUCAUUGCAAGAGAAGAUCGAUGCGAUCAAGAAGGAGUUCCAGGAUGUGGCCACAAAUAUUUCGGUGAGCACCAGCACUUUCAUCGCUACUGCUGUCAAGAUUCGUAACUUGCAAUCUGUCACAAUUGCGAAACUUCAAACGCAAUUCGAAGAUGAGCUGCGCGAAGAAGUCACUUCUCGUCCUCGUCCGAUCAAGAAAGUUCGUCGCACCAUUUUCUGUGAAGCGUUCAAGUCGUGUCUUGUGGAUAAUGACACUGCCGUGGAGUUGAUGUCAUACAUGCCUGAGAGACUUCAGCUAGUCACACCAACUUUGGCUUAUCAAUUGAGCCAGGAUGGUACCAGUUUCUAUAACUUCUGGAGCAAGGUUGACAAGCUUGAUCAGACCAUCAUCAUCAUUAUGAGCACCUCUGGUGCCAUUUUCGGAGCUUACUGUAGCUCCACCUGGUCUGAGAGACAUGAUCGCAAGGAGAGAACUCGCUCAAAAUACUGGGGAACUGGCGAGUCAUACGUGUUCCGUAUGAACAAGGAGAUGGAAUUGCCUGAAAUUUACACCUGGGUUGGAAAUGCUCCAGAUGUGUCCUCUUCCGAGUGCCCACAGUACUUCAUGUCGGCUACUGACAAGUCAUUUGUGAUCGGCUCUGGAGGAUGCGAUGCAAUCCGUAUUGACGAGGAGCUGACCCACGGAAUGACGGGACCAAGCACCACAUUCAACAGCCCGCAGCUUUGCGAGGAAGGAGCAUUUGAUAUUUAUGAACUUGAAGUGUUCCAUGUAACUUCAAGCGACUAA